AUGUCCUGGCAAGCAUACACCGACCAAUUAGUCGCCACCGGCAAGCUCGACAAGGCUGCGUUGUACUCGGCCGCCGGGGACUCCUUGUGGGCCCAAACCGGCGCGUUUGAGAUCAAGCCCGAGGAAAUCACCGCCAUUGCCCAGGCCUACGCCGACCCCGCCGCGUUGCAAGCCCACGGGUUGAAUGUCGGUGGCGAACCUUACUUGUUGUUGAGAUCCGACGACCGUUCCAUCUACGGCCGGGGCAAGGGCAAGGACAAGGACACCACCGGGGUGAUCGCGGUGAAGACGAAGCAGGCGAUUCUCGUCGCCCACUACCCCACCGGUGUCGUUGCCAACGAAGCCACCCUUAUCGUGGAAAAGUUGGCCGACUACUUGAUCUCGGUGGGCUACUAA